CGUUUCAUUCAUUGAAGACGAGGCUUGCUAGUUGUUUGGGUUUUGAUACACGGAGGCCAUAUUGGAUAUAUCAGCGAUUGCGCUGUGUAGGUUGCUGCUUUUGUGUUUGUCGGUAAUCUAUAAACAUCGGCGUCAGUUCUGGUUGAAUCUGAUCGAAAUCUGUAUAUUAUCACAGACUAACAAGUGGCACCUCUCCUAAGUUAUUUUUUGUGCGGAUUGUUUGUGUCUGGUGCUGGAUUUCGUGGCGUAAAGUGCCAACAAAUUUCACGGAGUUGAAAAUGGCCUGUGGAGCGACGCUGAAGCGGACAUUAGAUUUUGAUCCUUUGCAUAGUCCUUCGCCGUCACCAAAAAGGAGACGAUGUGUGCCUAUUAUACCACCAACUACACCACAGACCAAGGCACACAAACUAGAACCUUCGCCCUUUGGCCAGGUUUCGCCGAAAUUGACACCAGAGCAACUGUCCAACAGCGUUCUGUUGGAAUAUAAACGGAUGCAAAGAAGAAAGAAACUUGCUACUGCAUUUACAAGCGGUGGCGGUAGUAGUUGCAGUACUUCCACAUACCCAGCACCAGGUCCUUCACAUCAGCAGCAGCAGUCGGCGGCGGCGACAGCAGCAACACAAAUGUCACACCCAUCCUAUCUCAGCCAGCACGUGCAAUUGUUAGCAAUGUCUCCAGUUGCUUCAACGUCAACAUCUCCCAGUUCUUCACCAUCACGUAGAGAACAGCCUAUAUUUACAUUGAGACAAGUGAUCAUGCUCUGUGAAAGAUUACUCAAAGAACGUGAAGAGCAAAUAAAAGCAGAAUAUGAUAAAACUUUGACAUGCAAACUUGCAGAACAAUACGAAGCUUUCCUGAAGUUCAAUCAUGAUCAGCUUCACAGACGAUUUGGAGAGACAGCUGCUAGCUAUGUUUCAUAAGGAGCCGUUUCCUGUAUGCAUACUUCCGUUUGAAGGUGUUUUUUUCUAAUUCCUUCUGUGUUUGAUGAUGAAUGACAUUUCCAACAAUGACUUGUGGAUAAGAUAAAUGGCGUGAGAAAUGCCACUAUUUGACAUUCAGUCCAAUAAUAAAUUUACACAGGGCCAGUUUUACAAUAGAAGAAGUUUUGUAACAGUAGAUUCAUUGUUGUAUCCUCCACUGAUAAUUGACUAUUUACUGCCAAACCUAUUUUUUGCACCCUUCAAAUUACUUGUUUUUCAUUAUAAAAUUGACAUAAAAGGAGUUGUCCCCGAAUUUGCUGCAUAUCUAUUUUCCUGCAUUAAAGUGAUCAGGCAGUAUUUCAACAUAUGUUCGUAUUAUAAUGGUUAUUUUUUUUUUUGAUCUCUGACGAAUUGUAUUGAUUCAAUAUUUGAUGCAUCUGUUCCGGACCCUUAUUGUUGAAUCGGAGAUUAAAACUAAUUCUAAAAACCAUGUAUGGUCCUAGUAUUAAAUAUCACUCACAAUCGUACAGCCCCCCCCCCCCCCCCCCCCCCAAUCGCCGGUCCUCUGCUAUGCAAAUCAAGAUAUUGUUUAUGGGACAUUAUCAGUGCGAACAAGAACUGUUCGUAAUUUUUUUUUUGCCUGUCCUAAGCUGUUGAAAAAUAUUAUUCAAGUACAUGCUGAAUAAUAAGAUUAAUAUCACCAAUUUUGUAUACAAAAUUAGGCCUUGAAAACAUGUUGGUGACAUGCUGCGCUUUAUUCUGAUGAGCCUUUGUUUGACUGUACACAGUGCAUGCAGUCUUCUGUUCAAAAGUGUACAAACUACCGUUUUGAUUUCAUCUUUUUAUUGAUUUUAUUAGACAUGUGUAGUAAAGUAGAUUAGACUAUGUUGUAUUGCUUAAAGUCUACCUAUAUUUAGCAAAGUUUGUUCUGUACAUAACGUAACAUUGUUGAGCAUUGAGUUUUCAAUAAAGUUUAUGGGUUAAA